AUGGAGCUAGCGUUUCUUCUCCUGGCACUUAUCCCCGAAGCCCUGGGGAACAUAUGCAAGGGUCUCCAAUCUGCCGUCAUCGCGCACCCAGAGUCCUGCAAGAAGUUCGUGAUAUGCGAGGAGGAGCGGCCUUCGGUUCUCACCUGUCCCGGUGACCUCUACUUUGACGUGAUCAUCAGGAGUUGUAUUCUACACUCGUUGGCUCAUUGUGCUCCUAAGCGUUCAUUGACAACUACACCAGUACCUUUGCCGUAUCAAUCAACAACACCGAGCCCAACAACAACGCCGUCAAGUACAAGUUAUGAAACACUGCCGCCGAUUACUACAGCCUCAACGUCAACCGGAACCUGGCAGUCUCUACCGCCAAUACCAACAACAGAAAGUUCCACUACUACGGACGUUGAACCAUCGGCAUUGCCCCCCAUUCCCACAUCUGAACCAUCCCCCAAAAGUAACUCCUCUGAAAGCACGACGCCUAAUCGUGUCGACACAACGACGUCAAUCAGUACUUCACGUAGUGUAGUCACGACAUCUGAAGACACCUCAACAAUAACGCUUUCCACUAGCUCAAGCACAGCUAAUGAUCUAUUAACGACUAAAGAAACUCCAUUAGAUACAAGCUCUGCUUCAGUAACAUAUAUCACUACUCCGGCUAUGUCAAGUUCUGAACAAACAAGGUCUUCUAACCCAGAAACUACUGAGAGUUUAACAACUAUUCCUGGCGAAAAAACUAAGCCCGUUAAUACAUCCCCCACCAGUUCAAGUAUCUCGACCAUUUCAAAUGUAACAUCUUUCACGACUCCUUUAAGUAAAACAACUGUCACACUUUCUUCAGAAACUUUUGAUGAUAUGACAUCGCCAACAACUCUGUGGACCGAUAGUAUUACAUCAACAAAAACAUUAUCUCCUGUUCCUAUCUCAUCUACAUCAAGUACGACGCUUGAAACAGAACCAAGUACUCUCACACAACGAAUUUCAACAACACAGGCAAGCAUUACGCUAACUUCUGUUGAAGAAGCUUCAACCCCGCCCAUUUUAAGCGAAUCAACAACAGAGGGUUCUGAGACUGAUGUUUCCGAAACGACUUCACCGGUCGAACCGAGCUCACUUUCCCCUAUUACAAACGCAACGCAACAACCGCCAACAGCCCCCACGUUGCCGCCAAUUUCAACGAAUCAACAACAGAUGGUUCUGAGACUGAUGUUUCCGAAACGACUUCACCGGUCGAACCGAGCUCACUACCCCGAUUACAAACGCAACGCAAAAACCGCCAACAGCCCCCACGUUGCCGCCAAUUUCAAGUAUUACACUCUAGUGAACCCCGAAAAUACUAGUUCGUUCUACUAUUGCGUGCUUGGAACUAGAUACCUUUUCAAAUGCCCAUACAACUAUGAAUUCGAUCCUUAUAUACAUGUGUGCGUAAGUCCA